AUCUAAUUGGAAUAUGUAUAUCCAAAAAAUAAAAACUCCUCGUAAGGGUAUACAACUUGGUGUAUAUUUACAUCGUCAUUCAAUGCCAGAUCCUACAUCACCUUGUGGUAACAAUGGUAAUUCCUCUUCAAUAAUGAAUGUAUCCCCCUUAAAUAAAAGUCCUACGUCUUCUCCUGGAGCAGAUGAUCGAUUUACUACAUCAACUCGUCAAUCAAUGUUGUUGAAGAAUAAUAAUGAAAAGAGUUUUUCAAGAUAUGCAGAUAAAAGGAAAACUGUUAGGACUUGGUUUAAAAUAUUUUGUCCGUCAAGAGGGCCUAGUCACGGUUGGCGAAGCUCAAGUCUUUGUCAAGAUGAUUAUCUCUUGGAUGUUCGUGAUUAUGACACUACUGCUUCAGCUAUGUCAAAUUCUGCUUCAUCAACUUUAAAAUUUUCUGUGGUUAUGGGACAU